AGUUGGGCAAAUAAGGCUUUUCCUUUUAACAUUGAGUGCCGUCUCUGAUAUAUACUCUUUGAUAGAGAGUUGCCGGGCCCUGGUGAAGCCAAAGGACUCAGCACGGUUGUGGAGAGAGGAUAGGACUUGGGGUCAGGUAUUUACGGAGCUGUUGCUUUGUUGUAGGUGCUUAAUUUGUGUGUGGUGUUUACAGGAGUAGUGUUUCGGUCCUUACGCAGCAUUAAUUCUUUGAAUUUUGAUUCAUCUUGAAAGAUGGUGGUAAAAGUAAAAAGGAAGAGCAUUAAUAGCAGCGGAGUGUGGGAAGUUGAUGAAACAACAUUGUCAAAUGAGACAAAAAGUACGAAACUGACUCCUAAGCCAGGACAAGGGAAAUCUAUUACCAUACCUAAACCAGGAAAAGGGAAACAAGGAAUGUCUCCUAAGACAGGAAAUCAGAAUACAGGAAGUCCUCCAAAAUCAGCAAUCCAGCAACCAGAAAGCUCUUCGGAGAAGCCUAAUCAAACUUUCAGCCCUUUGAAACGUCAAGGAGAGAGAAUUAAUGACGCAUCACUUCCAGCAAAACAAACAAAAGAAAGUGAACCAAGAAGCCAAAUGGAAUCAUACCAGACACACAGACCUUAUACAAAUACAAACACUUUUUGUACAUGGACUGCUGGAGAACUUCUGAAUUUAGUGGUAAAUGUUGAAGAAAAUUGUCAACACCUCCUCGAAGAGCCUUAUACUUCAGCAGUAAAGAAAGUGGAUUGGGGCAAGGUAUGCUGGUGUGCAUGUGAAUUUAAUUUUUGA